UAUAUAGCUGUCGCUGAGCUUGAGACCCUGAGCUCUCAUCGCCAUUUCCAGCUCAGAUCAUCGAUCGAACCUGUUGGUUUGCGUUUCUGGAAGAUCAUUCCUUGGUUCUGUUGAAUUGUUUGAUCAAGAGAGCGAGGAGAUUUGGGGGGUGGGUUUCUUGGGACUGGAGGUGGUGUGCCAGCUGUGAAGCUGAUCGAUGACGCGCUGCGUGGAUCUGGACGCGCUCCGGCCGGCGAUGGCGGCAGACGUGCAGGUCGUCACGUCGGACGGGAAGAGCAUCGCCGCGCAUUCCUUCGUUCUCGCCACGGCGUCACCGGUGCUGGAGCGGAUGAUCGAUCGGGCACGGCGGGGGUGGAACAGCGAGUGCACCAUCCGCGUCCUCGGCGUCUCCUCCGACGCCGUCUACGCCUUCCUUCACUUCCUCUACGCUUCCAGGGUGACGCCGGAGGACGAGGAGGUGGUGACCGUGCACGGGCCGCAGCUGCUGGCGCUGUCGCACGCGUACAGGGUCGGGUGGCUCAAGCGCGCGGCGGAGGCGUCCAUGACGGCGCGGCUCACGCCGGAGCACGCGGUGGACAUGCUUAAGCUGGCGAGGCUCUGCGACGCGCCGCGGCUGUACCUGCGGUGCGCGCGCCUCGCCGCCAAGGACUUCGCCGCCGUCGAGCGGUCCGACGGCUGGCGCUUCGCGCGCCGCCACGACGCCGCCCUGGAGCUCGAGAUCCUCCAGCUCCUCGAGGACGCCGACCAGCGGAGGGAGCGGUGGGCGCGUGAGCGGGCGUCCCGGGAGGCGUACCGGCAGCUCGGCGAGGCCAUGGACUCCCUGGACCACAUCUUCUCCGACGACGGCGGCUGCACCUGCGCCGACGUCGACGCCGACACAGCCGCGCCCUCGCCGUGCCGCGGCCUGCGGCUGCUCAUGCGGCACUACGCGACCUGCGGCGCGCGCAAUGCCGCGCCGGGCGGCUGGUGCACGCGGUGCAGGCGCAUGCUGCAGCUGUUCCGGCUCCACGCCUCCGUCUGCGACCGGACGGCGCCGGACGAUGGCGACCACCCGUGCCGCGUGCCGCUGUGCAGUCAUUUCAAGGCCAAGAUGCGGGCGGAGAAGGCGGACAGGACGUGGCGGCUGCUGGUGAAGAAGGUGACGAGGGCGAGGGCGAUGUCGCGGCUGGCGGCGGCGCGCACGGUGCCGGAGCUGGUGGCCGUGUCGUGGGCGAGGUACAGCAGCGGAGGAGCGGCCAGGUUGAGAUGAAGCGGGUCACCGUUGCGCACGCAGGGGGCCAUGUGGCUCGGCGUGCAGGACUUUUUUUUUCGUGUGUUCCUCCUGUGCAUUUUUCGUCGUGGGAGGGAAUUACCGCGAAAAAGAAAAUUUGGCGUGCCAUGAUGUCCGUUCCAUUCCUAGGAUUGCAACAUGAGCUGCGAGGGGGGAAGGUUGUACUCGGUUCGAUUUUGGCGGUGUAGCUCCAAUGCUUCAAGUGGAGCGGGUGUAUUAGGAGGAAAUCAAAGCAUUGGCGUGGUAGUUGAGCCAUAGGUCGAGAUCCAUAAUUUCAUUGAUUCCCUAUGUGAAUAUAUGAAUUAUGAAAA